AAUCAGUUUCUUCUCUCUUUCAAUAUCAGUUUCUUCUUUCUGAAAGAAAAUAAAUAUACAUAUAUUUACACACAUAUAUAUAUACACACACAGAGAUCAGAUCAAAACACAGCUAGGGAUGGCAAUAAUGAGAAAGAAGAGCCUAACAACAACACCAAUGAAGAGCCUUUGUUUGGUGUUGGGUAUUGUGUUGUUGGUGAUGAGUACACAGUUCAGUGCUGUCAAUUGCCGAGCUCUCCGAUCGACGGUGGACACCGCCGUCAUGGCCGGUUGCGGCGACGAGGCCACCGGAGCUUCAAUGGGUACCACUCCUUUUGCUGUGGCUUCCAACAAUUCCAGUAGUGGUGCUUUCGAAGUAGUAAGGAAGUUGGCGUUCAAGUUGGCUUCUGGCCCUAGCAAAAGAGGCCCUGGUCAUUAGAUGAAUUUCAUUCUCUCUCUCUCUCUCUUUUUUUUUUUUUUGGAUUAUUCUUAGUGGGGUAGUCAUGAGUUAAAUUUUGUGUUUUUUUAUUGCAUAAAGUUGCAAUAUUCUUGAUCUGUCCAUGUUUUCUUUUUCUUCCCUGUAAAGGGUAAUUCCAUCAUACUUGUAAUUGGUAGAUCCUAAUCAACAUAGAUGAUUUUGUUACACAUUUUUUAAAUGCUACUUGGUUUUCUUUAUAUUUAUCGUCCCA